AUGGCUUCCGGACGGAAGGACUUCCUGAGUCAACCCGCGCCCGAGAACUAUGUUGCCGGUCUGGGUCGAGGUGCGACCGGCUUUACCACUCGCUCAGAUUUAGGACCUGCGCGAGAAGGUCCAACGCCCGAACAAAUCCAAGCCGCACUCGCGAAGAGGGCGCAACUCCUCGGGGCAGCCCCUCCCACAGCAUAUGGCGCAUCUCGAGAGAAGGGUGGAAAAGAAGAUAAGGCAGCAGAGGAGGAAGAUGACGAUCGGUUUCAGGACCCAGAUAACGAAGUUGGGCUCUUCGCAUAUGGCCAAUUUGACCAGGAAGAUGACGAGGCGGAUCGAAUCUAUAAAGACGUAGAUGAGAAGAUGGAUAGGCGCCGGAAAGCAAGAAGGGAAGCCCGAGAAGCUCAGGAACGCGAAGAUUACGAACGGAAGAACCCCAAAAUUCAGCAACAGUUUGUCGAUUUGAAGCGGUCUCUAGCCUCGGUGUCGGAAGAAGAAUGGGCGAAUCUCCCCGAAGUCGGCGAUCUGACCGGCAAAAAUCGACGAACAAAGCAAAAUCUACGAAUGCAACAGCGCUUCUAUGCGGUCCCGGAUAGCGUGCUUGCUAGCGCGAGGGAUUCGACUCAGUUUGACACUACAAUCGCGGAGGAUGGUGCUCAAGCCGAGCUCCAGGCGGCUGGGGACGGAACGAUCACAAAUUUCGCGGACAUUAGCGCUGCUCGCGACAAGGUCCUCAAAGUGAAGCUUGACCAGGCAGCUAUGGGCUCGUCUGGAGACGCCGCGUCCGGGAGUGCGACCAAUAUUGAUCCGAAGGGGUACCUUACGAGCCUUACACAAUCAGAGCUCAAGGCUGGUGAAGUGGAAGUUGGGGACAUCAAGCGUGUGCGUGUUUUGUUAGAAUCCGUGACGAGGACCAACCCCAAACAUGCUCCUGGAUGGAUUGCGCUUUCGCGGUUGGAAGAGCUAGCUGGCCGAAUCGUCACUGCGCGGAAUGUUAUUGCCAAGGGCUGUGAACUAUGCCCAAAGAGCGAAGAUGCAUGGCUCGAGAAUAUUCGCCUUAAUGAGGGACACAACGCUAAAGUCAUUGCUGCAAAUGCCAUUAAAAAUAACGAUCGAUCUACACGACUUUGGAUCGAGGCUAUGCGACUUGAAUCAGAACCCCGGGCAAAGAAGAAUGUUCUACGACAAGCCAUCCUCCACAUCCCUCAGUCUGUUACUAUCUGGAAGGAGGCUGUUAAUCUCGAAGAAGAUCCCGCCGAUGCGCGUCUUUUGUUGGCCAAAGCAGUUGAGAUUAUACCUCUCUCCGUCGAGUUAUGGCUUGCACUAGCGCGCCUGGAAACCCCUGAAAAUGCACAGAAGGUUUUGAACGCUGCGCGCAAAGCCGUUCCUGCCAGUCAUGAAAUCUGGAUUGCUGCCACUCGACUUCAGGAGCAAAUGGGCACUUUUGAAAAGGUCAAUGUGAUGAGAAGGGCUGUCCAGUCACUUGCGCGCGAAAACGCUAUGCUCAAACGAGAGGAGUGGAUAACAGAAGCCGAAAACUGUGAAGAGGAGGGUGCUAUUCUUACCUGCGGCGCGAUCAUUCGUGAAACUCUGGGAUGGGGUCUGGAUGAAGAUGAUGACCGCAAAGACAUCUGGAUGGAUGACGCAAAAGCCAGUAUUGCCAGAGGCAAAUAUGAGACUGCAAGGGCGAUCUAUGCCUACGCAUUACGUGUGUUUGUGAAUCGCAGGUCGAUAUGGAUUGCUGCUGCAGAUCUUGAACGUAACCACGGCACCAAGGAAGCAUUGUGGCAAGUGCUUGAAAAAGCAGUUGAAGCUUGCCCGCAGAGCGAAGAACUCUGGCUUCAACUCGCAAAGGAGAAAUGGCAGUCUGGAGAAAUUGAUGACGCUAGACGUGUCCUCGGGCGCGCGUUUAACCAAAACCCCAACAACGAGGAUAUCUGGCUGGCCGCUGUUAAGCUGGAGGCGGAUGCCCGCCAGACAGACCAGGCCCGAGAACUCCUUGCUACGGCUCGCCGCGAAGCUGGGACAGACCGUGUUUGGAUCAAGAGCGUCGCGUUUGAACGACAACUCGGCAAUAUUGACGAUGCACUUGAUCUGGUGAACCAGGGCCUCCAGCUGUAUCCCAAGGCCGAUAAGCUCUGGAUGAUGAAGGGCCAGAUCUAUGAAUCGCAAAACAAACUUCCGCAAGCCCGAGAAGCGUACGGAACCGGGACUCGUGCAUGCUCGAAGUCCGUUCCGCUCUGGUUGCUGGCCUCGAGAUUAGAAGAGACGGCCGGUGCUGUGGUCCGCGCCCGCUCCGUCCUUGAUCGAGCUCGUCUUGCCGUGCCUAACAGCCCCGAGCUAUGGACGGAGAGCGUGCGUGUUGAACGACGUGCCAACAAUAUCCCCCAAGCGAAGGUCCUCAUGGCGAAAGCCUUACAAGCCGUCCCCUCAUCCGGAUUACUGUGGAGUGAGAGUAUUUGGCAUCUUGAGCCACGGGCACAGCGUAAGUCCCGCAGUCUGGAGGCGAUCAAGAAAGUCGAUAAUGACCCAAUCCUUUUCAUUACUGUGGCGCGUAUUUUUUGGGGGGAGCGUAGGCUCGAAAAGGCAAUGACCUGGUUCGAAAAGGCCAUUGUCUCCGACAGCGACUUAGGGGACGCUUGGGCAUGGUACUAUAAAUUUCUGUUACAACACGGCACCGAUGAAAAACGAGCCGACGUCAUAUCAAAGUGUGCCCUAACCGAGCCUAAACAUGGUGAGGCCUGGCAGUCAAUAUCCAAGGAUCCUUCCAAUGCAUACAAGUCGACAGAGGAGAUUCUCAAGCUCGUUAGCGAGAAUCUUACUCAGUAA